CUGCGGGGGAGAUUUUCAGCCAGUUUGUUUACAUGCAGCAGCAGACCCAUGGCGGGCAGGGUCACGCCUUAGGAUUGCCCUUCAUAAAUAAUAGAUGAGAAAACCAGACUCACCUAGCUGACCCUUCAUCGCCUUGGAGCCUCAAAUGUGCCAAGGACGAUGAACUCCCAGAAGGAACACCCCACCUAGUCAACCCCCAACCCUCCAAACACAACCCGUCGCACCUACCCUGAUAUCCCACUGGAAUUGUCCUCACACCAAGUCAUUCCUGGCCACUGCCACCUCUGAAUCCUGGACCAAGCAACGAGGAAGAGGCCUCGCUUAUAGUGGAUGUUUGGUGUUUCUGUGAUUAGAUGUUGUUUUGUUGAGGUCCUUCUGUUUGUCUUAUUUCUUGAAGUUUAUCAUUCCUUGAUGUGUGUGUGGUUCAUUUAUGGUUUGUAAAGCAUAGUUUACACUAUCUAGUCAAAUUGCUUUCUGUAUGUCCAUUUUAGAGAUAUAUUAUUUUUGUAAUUUUAUUUAGAUGUUAUGCUAUCCUCUUUAGAUUAUUAUUAUUAUAUCAUCCACAAUGGAGAAGUUACCCAAAGUUCCCUCUCAAUCCAACUCUCCUGUGAAGAGUGCACGGAAAGGGGAUCAGAAAGUCCAGUUCUCUGAUGACACUGACAACAGGCUACGAGGGAAUAAAGUAUGUGGUAAACCACCUGAAGUUCCUCGAGCUCCUCCGUAUGGCCGAAGUAGUAGUAGACUUAGUGGGAGCAGUAGUAUCAGCAGUAGUAGCAGCAGCAGUAGUAGCUCUAGCACCAGCAGAGGGAGCAGUGGAGGAGGCAGCAGUUCUGCUCUAGACCGGCCAUCUGGGAGGGGAGUAGAGCCUUCAAAAUGGACUUCUUCACUGGACCGUAAACGAUCAGGGUCAGUGAGAAGUAAAACCAGUGACCGUCCCCAAAGAAGUGAUAUUAAUAGGAGUCUUUCACUAGACAGAAGAAGAGCUGAAAACUCUCGUCGGGAAAGUGCAAGUCCUAACAGUUCCAGUACGGAGAGAAAGAGACGAGACUGUGAAAGUAGAGAUAUCCAAAGCAGAGAGAAGAAACCAAAGACCAGAACCUCUGGCCCGCCUCAUAGCAGGAGCUUCUCUGGGGAACGUCCAAAGCUACUGGGUCGGCAAAAGAUGACUCCUCCGACAAUAUCCCAAACCUCCAAAAGUGAUCACCCUAAAAGAGAUAAUGUUUUAGAACAAAAACUCUCUCUACAUAAUGAUGAGAAGAACACAAGUAAAGGUAGCAGUCGCUUUAGUAUGGAUUGGGCUGAGAGAAUGAAACGUGCUGCCUCAAGGAGUCCACAUAGAAAUCAGACAAAUGGAGAGGUGUCAGGAAGAGAAGACAAAGAAAAUGAGAAGAUAAGAGACAAGGGAAGAAGCGAGUCCAAAGGUCAGGAUAAGAAGGAAAGGGGAAGAUCACUCAAGAGAGAGAACAGAACGAACAAAUAUUCAAGUGGAAAACAUAGACAUGAAGAUGUGAUAACUCUAGAUGGUGAUGUGAUGUGGGUGGGCAGCAGCAAUAAGAGGAAUGGUUAUCUUCUGUUCAACUGUGGCAACCUGGAUGAUCACCCCGAAAACCCCGCAGCGAACAAAUAUAACAUGACAUUCAAGUUUUCCCAGCAGUCGGAUUCCAAGCUGAUUCGUAUGCUGAUGGAGGCACACGGCUUUACUGAAGUGGAGAGCAGUAGUUCCUUCUUCAACAUGUACUGGGGAAAUGCUCACUUCAACCCUAAUGAGAUUCGACAACUCCAUGACUGGCAGAAAGUCAAUCAUUUUCCAAGGUCAUCAGAACUUACAAGAAAAGAUCGCUUAUACAUGAACAUCAAACGAAUGCAGCGGCAAUUUGGUGUCAAGCUCUUUGACUUUAUUCCUACCAGCUUUAUCCUACCCACUGAAUACAGGGAUUUUUGUGAUACUCACUUGCGGGAGCGGGGUACUUGGAUAGUUAAGCCAGUGGCCUCUUCACAAGGCAAGGGCAUAUACUUGAUCAGUCAGGUGGAUCAAGUGCCAGCAGACGAGACGUCUUUAUUAUGCCGUUACAUUGAGUCGCCGCUGCUUGUGGAUGGGUACAAGUGUGACUUAAGGUUAUAUGUGGGUGUGACAUCCCUGGACCCACUUGUGGUUUAUCUGUAUGAGGAAGGGCUGGUGCGUCUGGCAACUGUCAAGUAUCAGCAUGGCAAGAACUUGUGGAACCCUUGUAUACAUCUAACAAACUAUUCUGUCAAUAAAUUCCAUUCAAACUACGUUCAAAAUGAAGACCCCGAAGUGGAUGAUCAAGGGAACAAGUGGUCUUUAAGUGCUUUUCUAAGGCACUUGAAAAGCCAAGGAAUUGAUACUGGUGCUCUGAUGCGGUCAGUUGAGGAUGUCAUUAUCAAGUCUCUGCUUGCUGCCUCGUAUCAGAUGAACACAGCAACCAACAUGUUUGUCCCACACAAUCGUAACUGUUUUGAGCUGUAUGGGUUUGACAUUUUGAUUGACAGUCAGUUAAAACCCUGGGUGCUGGAAGUCAACUUAUCCCCCUCCCUCAACAUUGAUCAGCCUUUGGACUUGAAAAUAAAGUCAGCUAUGCUUGCUGACCUUUUCUCCCUUGUUGGCAUCUCAUUGGUGAAUCCUUACACGGCUAAAGUGUCGUCGCGUCCUUCUAUUUUCCGCAAAUUGCCAUUUUUGCGUUACACAACAGACACGUAUGACAGGAACCAGUACGUACGUGGUGGCCCAAUUGUUCCCAGUGCCGAGGAGCUGCGUAUUGUACGGCAAGUUCGCGAAGAAUACGAACGGAAGGGUGGAUGGGCUCGCAUAUACCCCACCCCUGAUUCUUGGUCGCUGUAUGGAGGACUGCAGGAGUAUGAUAGUCCACUCAAUUUAAUUCUUCACUAUCACCUGUAUCCUCAAGUUCCUCGCACCAACAGAUAUGGGAGAGUGACGCCCGUCCGAAUGUCAGGCGUGUCUAGUAGUGGGCUAGCAUCCUCCCUGGAGCGUCUCACCUGCUACGAGCGUGCCUUGCCUAAAGGCCUUGCUUUCUUCAAGAACAAGAAAAACUUGGGUACAAGCAAGAAAGAUGAAAAAGUAAUUUGCCGAGAUAUGAAGCAACUAAAGGCGAGCGUCAUGAAAGCUUUGGAGAAUGGACUUGCUCUCAGCAAGUACCAGGCUCGUAUGGCAUUCUCUGUGUACCUGCAACAUGUUCAGAGGCGACUUAUGAUUGGCUGUGGUGAGGAGAAACAGACAGACCUGGUAUACCGUUUCCUUAGAUCAGCUACUCGUACACUCCACACUCCCUUGAAUGUUCAGCAGAACCCCAGUAAAACGUUGCCAUCAGAAGCUCGUGCAGUUGUGAUCUCCAAGCAGCUCGGAGACUUUAUUCAAGCCUAUACCAAGGAGACGCACAUCUACUUAGACCAGGGAGCUUCAUCAUCAUGUUCGUCUCUGUCCUCUCAGUGCCCCACUACUGUCGCCACGUCAUCUGAGCCAUCCACUCCACACAUUACCUCUCCACCUUAUACCUCCACAUUAUCUCUCAACUCUCCACCUGCUGGGUCGUCAAUGUCUACAUCUAUGAGUGCCUCGACUUCAUCCAUUAACAAUGCACCAAUGUCUAUCUGUGGCUCAACAACUUCCAUCAACUAUUCAGGUUGUAUCCCAAAAUCUGAAUCCUGUUCUCUUUCCAGUAGUCCUCCUCCUGUCAAAAAAUCUGAAUCCUCUUUCUCAGUUAACAGUCCUCUACAUGUUAGUGAAUCUGAUGGUCUGACCUCAGUCAACAACUCAGCAUUAGUGUCAUUGUACAGUUCCUCAGUAUCAUUUAACAGUUGUCCACCUUUGUAUUUCUCUGGCUCCACUACCUCCAUCAAUAGCCCACCAUCAGUCUCCAUGUCUUCUUCUUUUACAUCAUUUAAUAGUCAUCCUUCAAUUGCCUUUUCAGCCUCUUCCAAUUCCAUUAGCAGCCCACCAUCUGUGUCAGUUAAUGGUUCCUCCACAUCUAUAAAUUUUCCACCUCCUUCCAAAACACCUUCAUCUGUUUCAAUUUCAUCCCUCAACUCAGCAACUGAUGUUGGAGGUGAAAUAGUCACGUUGCCUCCUAGAGUACGAAGACUCAAGUCAGAUGGAGACACUGCUGUUCCUAUAAUAGAAGGGGAUGGCAGCAAAAUGUCUACAAGCUUGGAUUCUAGUGAUCUUCAGAAGCAUACAAGUGAUCAGCCACUUACUCAACAGCAGCAGCAAAUUAGGGAUGAGCACAUCACCAUGGACCUGUAUCGAGCCUUCAUGUCAAGUGCCGGGGAGUCGGACCUUGAGGAGGUGUUAGCUCUACAGACACGUAUGCACAACUCUGCUGGGGUGUUUUUGGAAGCCUCUCGAAGAUCCCGAUUCUCUUCUGGAUAUCAUUCCGGAGCUGCCUCCUCCUCCUCCUCCUCGUACACCCCUACUGCCUCCUCCUCCACCAGUAGUUCAAGGCCCCGCACCCCCACUGCCUCUCCUCAUGGAUCACCACGGAGGAACAGACGAUCACCUUCUACUGGGACCCACACCCGGCCAACAGAGCCUGUGACAAUCGAGCCACAGUCCCAUCAGACAGAGAGUCGUCAACCUCCUCACUCCCAGCAGCUAGAGCAACAGGAGCAGCAACAGCAGCAGAAGCAACAGCAGGGUACAAGCCAGACUCCAGCCACUACGUCCAGUGCUGUCACCACGUCUCAGAGUCCCCCAUCUUCUUUGCCGCAGCCUGCCACCACCACUGCCUCAUCUUGCUGUCUCUUUGGUAAUAUUCUCAAGGCCAGUUUAAAAGGAACUAACACAUCUUUUAUCUCAUGAAAUCCAAAAGGUAUAGCUUUGCUUUGGUUGAUACAAGUUGCUGUAUUUAUGCACAUCAUAAAUUGAUAACUUUAGUAUACAGUGAAUGAGAGAGUUAUCAUCCAGUGAGUUUUCUCCAGUUAUACUGUAGUGUAUUAAGGAAUUUUUACAUGAACUGAAAGCUUUAAUGUAUUUAUAUAUCUUGCAGCAAAAUUCUGACACAUCCUGUAAACAUUGGCAAUAAAAGUACAAGAACUGAAUGAUUAUUUGUGCAGCUAUAGCAUAUAGAGUUAAGGCAUGUAUGUGGAAGCUUAACCCAACUAUAGAUGGUUCAUUAUCACAGCCAGUAAUGUGAGGAAUGCUUGCUGAUUUGCUUAGACUGUUGACCAACAGGCACUUGCUUUACUGUGACAGAUUUAUGAAAUUUCUAUGCAGUUAAUACUUAAUCAUGUAAGCAUUUGUCAGUACUUGUAUAUGACACUUGAAGUGGCAGAUGAGAGGAGUUGUGGAAUUGUGGGACAUCAUUAGCUCACAAAUUUCGUCUUUGAUAAUUUGCUCUAUGACUUAACUUAAUCAUCAUUAAAGAUAUAUUUAUUAAUACUGUACUUGAGUCCUGCCAACAAUAUAAUCAGUUCAGGUCAUGUGCAGAUUCUGCUUGAAUUAAAUCCCCUCUUUGCAUUUUACUUUGUACAAGUCCCUUUUUAAGGAAAAUUGGCCCAUGGAGUGCUAGUAAAGGAAGUUCACUAAUGAGCAAAUAUAUACCUGUAUAUACUACAUUAAAAGUAGAAGUAGGAGACUCACUCAACACACAGUACUCACAACACAUCCUCCUACACUUCUCAGAUCACCAGCAACAGUAUCUACAGAUAAGUAAUUUACACUUUUUAAAUUCUUUCAUGAGAAAAGUAUUCAUCUUUAAUUAACUUUAUUGGAGUUAAGGUUCAAAUUUUAUUUGAAAGAAAAGGGGACUCCAUUUUUAUUAUGGGCUUUACCAGCUGAUGGCAGUGAGGAAUAUGCAGUAAGGAACAGAGACUGAGAAUAUUGGGUUAAUGGAAAGUUGUGUAAAACUUGAGAGGUUUACUUAGAAUACAUAUCUCAGAUGUUGCUCUGAAGACAAGGAAGGUAUUGUAUAGUUAAUAAAGAUGGGUAAGAUAUGAAAAAACUUGAAAGUGGAAGUUGUUCUUAAUGUAAGAAAUAUACCACAUAAUUAUAAUAGAAUGUGUGCCAACUUGAUUUCAUGAAGGUAGAAAGAGAAAAAAACAAAAUUCUUAACAAGCCAACACAUGUUCAUAUCAGAGCUUCCAUACUUUGUGGAAACACUUCACUCUUUCACUGCCCACCCAUACAAAUGUAACCACUUUUUCUUUAUAAUUUAUAUUUGCUAUUAGGCUUAUUUCAUUUGUCUGGUUUGUUUUAAAUAUCCACUAGCAUUUCUAAGAUACCUCAUAUACUGUACAGUAGAUAUACCUUUAUGCUUAUCAGACAUACUGUAUAGUUCACAUUAUCUUCUGAUGGGCUGUGACUUGAUUUAAUUGAAUAUUGCAAAGGUUGAUAUAUAAUUGCCCCAGAUUGAUUGAUUUUUAUUUUAUUUUGGGUUACUACUUGAUGAGGAAGGAGCAAUGGUAGGCAUUCCAGGGUAUGUAUCUCAUUAUAUAUUAUUGGGAAAGGCUAUCUUGCAUUGCCUGAGGGAGGAACAGUGGGCUAGAAGUCCCUAUUGUGUAUACUGUAUUGACCAAGUCAUCAUGGGCUCACACCUUGGUCUCCUAGCUAAGGUGUUCUUUGUCUUCCUGCAGUAUCUUUUUACCAACAUUGCCAUCAAUUUUGCUUAAUGUCUGCAACAACUUAUUUUCUCUCUCUCUGGUUUUUAUCACUCGCAGUCACUUCUUAGUGUAGCCUGGCAUUGAUAUCCUCUACUUACUGGUUUAUGUUGUUACUCCAAGUAGAUUUUAUCUUAAAUAAUUUUGAUAUUUAUUUUCAUCAUAAUUCACAAUUAUAACCCAUCAAAGCAUAUUGUAAUAUUAGUCAUUUAAAUCUGAGUUAAGGCAAGAUACUCAAAAUGGCUGUGUUCAUUUAUUGGGAGUUUGGUUUAAUAGCACUGUUUAAUAGUUGCCCAGGAGUUAGAGAGCCUUAUAUCUGCUCUCCUUAAAUUAGUAUGGUAAAACAGUAACUUUAUUACUUCCAUCUAUAGCCACUUCAAGAUCAUUUAUAAAGGAAAAUAGAUGUUAGCCAAAUAGCCUUAAACAAAAUUAUUAGUGUUAAAUUUUAAUCAUACAAAUAUAUCCUGAAGCUAUCUGCUAUAUUUCUGUACUUUAAGAUGUUAUAGUUGUCUUCUAAAUUGUUAAUAGUGUACAGUCUGUGAUUUACAGCAACACUUUGAAGGACAGUCAGUAAUUUCCAGUAAUUGUGAGAGCUUACCAAUAUAUGAUGAGAGACUUCAUGUUGUAACUACAUAAAUUGUACUCAUUAAAGUGAAGACUUGGUCUUCCCUGUUACAGAGUAUUUAUAAUGCCUGAUAAUGGAAUUAUCAUGUCUCUCAAAUUACAAAUCAAAAGUGACCUACAUGUCAGUUUCUUAUGUUAAAUAUGGAAGGUAUAUUACCGGUAGAUGUAAGUGUAUCUUUAUUUUUCUGGUGCAAUAUUUAUUCAUACAAGUUGUUGGUAAAAUGAAAAUUUUUGCAACAAUGUGAUAACAACAGAGUUAAGUUGUACAAUAUAAAAAAAAAACAGAAGGUCAGGUGAGCCAUCUAUAUAUUGUACAGUGCAGUGCAUUGUAUACAUUUGUUUCUGGAGAACUGUAGGGAAACACUUUCAUUGAUAUACCAUAUGAGGAGUGAACAAGUUCUCAGAAAACUAGUAGCUACAGCACCAGAAACUUUUGGCUCUGUGUUACAACACUUGUCUUUAUUUUUUAUCCUUACUUUAUCAAGUAGUAAAAUUUAGGGCAUCGCAAUUACUGCACUGACUGUAAAGGUCUGGCCCAAGGAAUACUUAAGUUGUGUAUCAUAUGAACCAUUUGUGAAACAUAGCAGUAAAUGUACCAGCAAGUCAGUUCAAUUUUGUGAAGGCUAGACUGGCAUUGAUUUAUUCAUGAGGCAGCUAAAACUAAUGAACUCCAGCCCAUCACUCAACACAUGUACUUAACAGUUGGUAUUUGAUAGAUAAAUCAGUUUGAUGAGUUGCAUAACCAGUAUAACUCCCAAAAUGGAAACAGACCUCAGCUGUUACUCUGUGACCUCUUAUUAUAUUUAAAAGCAACUGCAAUUUUUAUGUGAUCCAAAAUAAUUAUAUAAUUAUUAUUAUUUAGAUGAUGUCAUUAUUAUUUAGUAAAUGGUCAAGGAUAACAAACUGUUUUUAUGUAUAAUAGAGUCAAGUUGUAGUGAAACACUGCUGCUUGAAUUGUUGAGGGAACAUUUGUCACACCUUGUGCAGUGUGAAUUUUUUUGACUAGUCCAGAGUCACAAACUAUAGUGCAAGCAGAUAAGCCAAGGGUAUAUAAGCUUCACUCAUUAUAUCCCAUGAUGACCAGUCAUUAGCUGUAAGCAGUGUACUGUACUCAUGUUCAAACAUGAAGCUUUACUAACACAACACACUCACUCCCUGCCCCUGUACUUUUAUUUAUAACUUUCUGGUUUUAUAAUAGGAACUUUCUUGUUGAAGCUGUUUAAUGUUUUUCCUGGCUCAUACACAAUUAUCAAGACUGUUUCAGAAAUUAUGUUGAAAUCAUUGAGGGUAAACAUUUUAUAUCAUUGUCAGUGACUUACUUGGCCCUGGCUUAUCUGCAAGGACUAAUUUACUUACAAAUCAGAUGCUGCUGAUGCCCACAUACAGUAGUUGAGAUCCAUUUUCUGGUCACUUUUCAUAGUGUGGAACUUUGUGCCAUGUUUGAUAAUUUUUUCUUAGAAAUAUUGUGUAGAUGCUUAAAAUUAAGUGUCUAAUGCAUGUGCUUAUUUUAACAAGCUCUUAUUUAUGUUCAUUUAUGGAGUAUAUUCAGUUUACUGUUAAAAGAUGUGAUACUGUUACACGUACCCAAUACAAACUCUUCAUCGUUAUUUUCAUUCUCAGAAUACUGUACUUGAAGAGUAUUUUUCAAACAUAAUACAUUACAUCUUCAAUUAUGUGCCACAUGAGUGUUUUUCCAUCUUAUUUAUUUCUAAUACAAAAGUAUUUUCUAAAGUGAAAUAGAAACUUGUACUUAUAAAAUAAUUAAUAACAUUUAUUUGUUCACAAGCAAGAGUUCAUCGACAGAAUAUUUUGUUGCACUGCUUGAACUUUGAUUUAAUAAGAAACUCUUCUUGUGUUACAUAUAUAUCUAGUGGAUGCCUUUCUUCAUACCCAAAAUAUGCUCCUCUGUGUGUGUAUAAUGUGGUGAUAUAUCUGGCGUUUUCCUCCAGUCACCGAAUGUAAUUAAGGUUGUGGUGUAUCACUUAAUUUAUGAAUCCCUGUUCCAAAUACCUGUGAUUUUGAGUGUAAUGGUUGUCAUGACAUUGUUGCCUGGUAUUGUCACCUACUGUGGACAUAGUGGGCCUCAGGUGUAGCAUUAGAGAAACCACAGUGUUUGCAUGUUUUGUGGUAAUGUUCCUCAGUGAGGAAAGCAUGGCACAGCUACUUACACCUUCUCUUUACCCAACUUGUGACCAGGUACAGUACAGUACAGUACAGGUGAAGAUGUGGUGCUCUCACUAAAAUAUUAAAAACUUGUAAUACACAUUGCUUCUGCUAGACUCUCUCUAGUUGUGCUGAUUAACUAUCUUAUCAUUUUUGUCUACAUUGUGAUACUCAUUUGUACAAAUGUUGUUCAUCUCUCUGUAUAAAUCUUUGAUGCCAGGUUCCCUCUGAUAAUUUCUUCCUGGAAGACGGUGUAGACAUAACUAAGAUAUCCUCAUUAGUACUGUACAAAAUUAACCUGCCAAGAUUAUAAUAUUGUAAAUCUUUAUUUAUGAAUGUGGCUGGCUCACUGCAAACUGUUAUACAUGGGUAUAUUACAAUGCCCAAGGAAUCCAAUAAUUGAUGAAAAAUUUCACAAAUGUAGAAUGAUAAUUUAAAUGUUUUCGUUAUUUAACAUUUGCUUCAUAAAUACACUAUAGAAGUGAUUCAGACAACUGGACUGGCGUCAUUCAACCUUAUGGUAUCACAGACUGUAGUUUUAUAUCCAGUAAGUUUGACUAUACAACCUGCCUUACUGCAUGCUCUAGUAACUCCAUUUAACAGGUACUAUUCUAUUAUUGUCUAACUGUGUACUGUAUAUGCCAGCUUGGCUAUGUGAUAAUCUACUGCUGAUAUAGAGCACCUUAGCUUCCCUUGCCUUGGUCCCUUCAUUAAUAUUCCGUUGCCCCUUAUAGUGUGUAUUAUGGAUGAAACUUCACAGUAUCAUUCAAGUACCCGAGUGGCACAUGGUUAUUGUUUUAAGAGCUGUCAUGUGUUGAAGUAAGUUCUUUAAAUAUCUUCUUACUGAAUUAUUUAUAUUUUUAAUUAUUAUUAAUGUUUGUAUAUGUUCAAAGAUUUAUUUGUUAGUGUUAUAAGAGGCAUCAUUGUCACUAGAACUCAGGGUAGCUGUAACAUACAAAAAUGCAUAUUUAUAUGACAGGUCAUGUCAUGAACCAUUAUUUAUUCAUGUCUUCAACAUCUCUAAUAAUUGAUUCCCUUGUUGGCUUUAAUGAACUAUGUGUCACUCUCGUGUAAGCUGUUCCCUGUUAUACUGUAGGGUGACUAGAAUCAAGAGCAACAAACUCUCCCUUCAUUUGGGGUUGUUUGUUCUCUCUUUAUAACUGUAAGAUAAUCCUGAGCAAUACCAAUGUUUGUUAUGGUAAUUGUCUAUCAUGGCACUGAGGAACAUCUCCUUCCUCUCCCCCACUCCCUGCCUGUGAGUUUGAUUUUUAUCUUUAUGUUACUACAAGUUUAUGUGACAGUUUUGUAAUUCUCAUUUUGUUUUGUAAUCCUGUAUAUUAUUUUGCUGUGAAGUAUCAUUUUAAAUCAAGGUUUAUUUUCCUUGUGAGGAUGUUCAUGUAGUUUGUUUGGUUCACUGUUUAUUGAAGAGAUGAUGAGCAUAAAACAGUGACUAAUGUCAGUGCAGGAAGAGAAUGUUAUAAAAUGUACCAUAUACAAUACAAUACAGUGCAGUAUAUUAAAUUUUAUAUGAUGGACAUCACAGUUUAAAUUGGCUUUCUUUCUUCAGUAAUUAGACAGUUAUCUUAAAAGUUUUAUUUUAUAUAAUAAUCAAAAGUUUUUCUCUUGAAGCAAAAGCUUAAAAAUGGAUUUGUAAUAAAAUAUACAAGCAUGGAGGGGAGUGAUAUGUUGCAAAUAUUUCUGAAGUCAUUAGAAUGUGACUGUGAAAGUAGCAAAUAAAAUUAAGCUUUAAAUUUGGAUUUAGUUGUCUGCUGGUACUGCAUGUUCUAUUUUUUCCCAUAAGAAUUAACCCUUUAAGUGUGUGUGUGAAAACUUGAGCAUCACCAAGAAAAUAACCUUUCCCUCAGCUUCAACGAAAAAUACACUGGUAUUGAGGUGUUUGAUUAUCACAUAGUACAUGUUUGUUUUAAUAACAAAGUGGAACAUAAAAAAAUGCUACCCAAAGACAAUAUGAGACCCCAAGGUCAAAACCGGCCUAUCUCUAAAAGGUUAUUUUUGAGAUAUUCAACUUUAAAGAUUAGUUCUCCUACAUCUCAAUAACUAAGAAAUAUAAAAACAUGAGAUUACACCGAAUAAUACUUCUUGCCUUCGUCUACCGAGUGUUGAGGGAUGCGGAGGUAGACCACAGGAACACUUUAGUGCCCGUAACUCAAUAGACUAAACUGGAGGAUAGGCCUGUCUUGAUCCCGGGGCCAAAUAUGAAAUUCUCUAUAGAAAACUGAGAAAUGUUGGGAUACAUUUUGACAAGGGUUGUAAAAGGGUUGCAUAGUUUUUAUUUCAUAUCCCUUGUUUAUAUUUGGAAUUCUCCUCAAAGAUGUGUAUUAACUCCAGUUAUUUCAUUGUUUGCUGGUACAGUACUGUACAAUGUUUUAGGAGAAGCAAGAAAUAGAGGAGUUGCAUGAAAUGAAAACUGUAAAGUGUUGCUAGUAUAUAAAGUCACAAAGACAAGUAAACAUAUUUAUAUCUGAAAUAUACUUUGUAAGGAAGAGCAGAGAGACGGAAAAUAAUUUGGAGCAAUUAGAAAGUUGGAUUGUGGAAAAUGAUGAAAAUUCAUGUUAAUUUUUGUGAAUUAUUAUCACAACACAAUCAAAACUCCAAGAAAUCAUUGUUAAUACUUUGUUUUUUGGGCAGGGAAUAAGUGUUGUAUUCUUUGUUACAAUAACUGCUUGCAGUAGCAUGUAUUGAGUAAAGCAGCUCUACACUUUAACUUGCAGCACAAAGUUUUAAGAACACAGUAUGUUGUUGUUUUUGUUUUACUUCAUAAAUACCUUUGUUUAAUGGCUGCAGAAAUUGCAAUACUCAGAAAACUAUGUUUUGGUAUGAAUUGUGGAGCACAACAGUUUUCAAUGAAAAUAUUUUGGUGUAUAUGUCAUCAGUUUAUCAGUCAUAACUAAAUGUAGUAGACUGGAUGCAUAUGUGAUGAGAGAGUACUGGAAAAGGAAUUUCAGUUAACAACAACAGGAAUAGUAGAAAGCCUCAGUUCUAUCGAGCAGACUGUUAUAAUCACUGCAGGUUCUGUACAGACUGUGCAGAUUAGUAUAAAAUUUAGGAGAGUAAAACAAAGCUGUUGUUUUUCUUUCGUGUUAAGUAAUCAUUACCAUUUAUAUUGAUGGUCAACUAUAUGAAAGGUUUUCUUUGGUUAAAUCAGUUUCAUUAUCCAGCUAAACUUGUUCAAAGUGAAAUGAUGUCAGAAAUAUUAGCUUAAAGGCAAGUAUACACUUUAAUGAAGUGGAUAGUAAAUAUAUAACUUUCCAGCGAUUUACUUACAUUAUUGGUUAAGAUGUAAAAAAAUAUAAACAGUACAGACUAAGAUCAUGUUUGCUGUCAUCACUACAUAAGGGUACACAGUGGUGCACAUAGACAGGAUAUUGAUGUGUUCAGAUUUAGAAGUUAAUUGGCUCUCGGGUGUUCUUAUAUUUGUUCUACCCCAAAUCCUGUGACUACUGUACACUCAUUCCCAUAAGUGCUGUGAGACAUUGUAUUCUUGCUUCACAUUUGGGAUGUGUUGAGAGAUCUCACUGAAGAAAAUAUAGUGGAGUCAACAUGUGUGAUAAAAUGGAAAUUUUCAAAUGUAAUUGACUGACUGAUUCAGUGUUUCAGAUGCUGAUUUAUAGCUACAUUAUUGAAGCUCAGAAAAGUUUUUGAGAUUUGAAGAAACUCUGUACAUUAGGUAUGAUACUGUUGAUGUUCAACAUACACAGUAGUAUAGUUGAUAUAAGCAAUAGAUAAAUGAACUCAUAAUUUGUUUAUAAACUUUCACUCUUGUUAAGCUGAUGGUUUGACUUGAACAAAAUAGCAACACACAAUCAUGAGAACUACUUAAACUGAACCCUGCAUAAAAUCUCAAAUGUCUAGUUAUAUUAUGUACAUGUGUGUGUGUGUAUGCAACAUAAUGUUACUUUUAGAAUACAGUACUGUACUAGUCUUUUGAAGGAAAUUCAUUUCUUUAAACAUGACCAGAUUUGGAUAAAUAAAUUAAUAAGAUUCAUUUCUCCUCACUAUUGUAAGUUUUCUUAUUACUGUAAUAGGAAAGGGCAUGGUUAGCCCAUUCUUUAGUUUGAUGUAACUUUGAUGUAGAAAAACAUCCUCACAACAAUACAGUAAUACUGAGAUGCAGUAUAGUACAGUAUUAAGAGAUGCAUUCACAGCCUUCAUAGCAUACCAUUCAUAUUACAAACAAUUUUUUUAAUUUGAUCAGCUUGUUCAUAAUUCUUUUAACUAAGUUUUUGCUCUAACUUGAUGACUUGCCUUAGUCAUUACUUGCUCUAUCACCAUCGUCAUUUGACUUCCUUUGAAGACAUAUUUAGUAUAAAUUCAGUCAAUACUUUUUUAUAAUAAGAGUCCUUAUAGAAGGUUAAUUUCAGUACAGUAUAGUACUUGGUAAUAGCAAAAAACAACACUGAUACUGUGCCACAAUUCAUACACUGAAAAUUGCAGUAUGUUAUGAAGUACUGUAGUACAUUGCUGCAUACUGAUUGUGGAAGUCGAAUGUAAACAAUGCACAAUAAUUAAUAUCUUGCUACCAUUUUGGUCUUAAUUAAUACAGUACAUACUGUAAAUCAGUAAAUUUGUUAUUUAUUUAUUCAUUUCAGUGUACAGUAUUUAUUUAUUCAAUUGUAUUCCUUUUUGGCUUUGUGUGUUAAAUAAAUGUAAUAAAUCUAAAGUUUGUUAAGCUGAAAUGUCAUUUAUUGAAUACAUAUUCACAUAUCGAGGCAUUACUGUACAGGUAUAGUCCCUCAUAACCAGGUCUCAGAAAACUGGAGGUUCUUUAAAACCGGACAUUCUCUUCCUUGGGUUAGAUCUGAUUUUCUUCCCUUGCUUACACACACACACACACACACAUCCAGUUGCAUGUUUGUUUUACUUCCUAAAUAACAAAAUAAAGAUAAUAUUGUUGCCUACAUAAUCUAAUUAAUGAAACAUACAUUAAAUUUAGUCUAUUUAGAAGUUGAGAGCUCCUUAAAAUCAAGUUUUAAGACGAGUUUGUGGAUGUUCCAAUCCUAAAGUUUUUUGACGAGUCCUGACAUUUGCCAUAAGAACAGUUCAUAAAUAAUUAUUAUUUGAAUGAAUGAAUUGCCCAAUACCUCGAUUAUUUUAUUUAUAAAUAUAUAUGUCAAUAAAGUACUACUGUAUUAUUGUUUUCACAUAGCUUUUGAAAUUAAUAUUAGUCAAGUUACACCUGUAUUAAACUCUCAACUUCUAGAUAGACUAAAUUGAAUGUAUUUUUUAUUAUAAAAAGUUUGCUUAAAACGGCAUUUUCUUUCUGGUGUUAUUAAGAAAUUCAACAUAUAUUCAACUAAGUUUGUGUGUGGAGGCAAAACUUGACAGCCACUGCUGGUAGGUUGACCCAAGAGCCCACAAAACUGAAAAAUCCACACAACUGGUUCGGUCUUGGUCCUAAAUGUCCUGGAUUUAAGGGUCUAUACCUCUGAUGUUAUUGAAAUAUUCAUCGUGUAUGGAUAUUCCUGUGCUUAGAACUCCCAUUGAUAGUUGCUGAGGCAUUCUGUGAUAACUGAAGUUUGUCAUAGUGGACACCUAUAGUCUCCACCUUCCCUUCAUCCACAGACAAUCAGACAUCCCCAAUACCUCCCACAUCUGCCUUUAUCCUGGCUUUCAAUUGUCAGCUUUUGUCAUUGUGAGUAUGUUGCACUCUUCUUUAUUUGUCUUUUCAAGGAGAUAUACAAAGAGAAGUAACAGUGGUGAGGUGUGUGUGUGUAUGUUUGAGGGUCUUCAACUUAUUUACUGUUCAACUCACUUUUAUUGGAGUCAUAUUAAGAAACUUUGAAUAAUAUUGAAAACAUGAUUAAGUUUGUUUUUAUUUGAUGAGAAAACCGUAUGAAAUUUGUUUAUUAUCUCUGUACGUAUUUCUUUAUGUACAUGUGAGAAAGAAAAAAAAACCUGACUAAAAACAAAGAUAAUUUUUACCGAUGUUUGUGUGACAUGGACAUUGUUAAAUUAAAUGGCUGUAGUACUGGAAUCACACUCAGGUUUGCACAAUAUCUUACUACUGUAUUACCAUAUGAAAUGUAUUUUGGUUUGUUCGUUUGGAAUAUUGUAAAGCAUUUUAUCUUGAGAGACUAGGUAGAGGUGGUGUUGAGAUUGAAAGGAAGAGAGACCUACAUGAUAUAUGUUCUUUGUUGAUUAUAUAAUUUCUUAAAGUUUGCAAGUUUUCUUUAUAUAAGUUUAACAAGUCUGAAGUUCGAUUUCAGUGAGGUGACAAAAACAGUUACGGUAUAUAUAAAAUUAAAGUGAUUACAAACUGGCCUUCUCUUAUAUCCAAAAUGAUGAGUUAUUAGAUAUAUUCUCAUCUUGUGAACCAUAUUAAAUUUAGGGAAUAGAUGACAGUAACACUAAGAAGAUCAUGUGCACACUAAUAGAUCCUUGCAGUUAUUUUAUACUGUACGUAUAUAUAUCGACUCAAUAAUAGUCUGUCACUCCUGUAAGCCCUCCACCAUAACAGUGCAGGUAACCAGAAUCAAGAUCAUCACAAACUCUCCAUCAUUCUAUGUUCUUUAUCUCUUGUGUCAGCAAUUGAGAAGUUAGUUACAUACUGUACCAUGGUAAUAUACAGUAAUUUUAUGAUGUUAUUGACUUGUUUACUGUAGGCCAGGGGUUGAGAGCUCAUUAUCAUUGUUCCCUAAAUAUUACUGAAGUGUUCUGUACCCAGUGAAUGAUGUGCAGUACAACAUAUUGUCCUGACUUAAAAUUUGUAACUAUUUCUUGAGGAAAUUGAGGUAACUACCAUCAUUUUCAAUUACAGUUUUAAAGUUGUAUAAAACACAAAUAAUACUUAAUAUAUGUGUAGAUUCAUGGUCUUGUUAUAAAAUAAACUUUAAAUAUACUGUACCUGUAAUUUAUUAUAAAAAUCAUAUAGUACUGUACUGUAGUAUAAUGUUCAUGUAGUAUUUAAAAUUCUGUGUUUUAACCUUCAUGCUGUGGAAAACACCAAUUUACAAGAAAGAAUUUAUCUCUUUAUGAAGAUAGUAAUAUGUUCUGCUUUGUAAUUAUUAAAAGUGUAGAAAAGCUCCCGUGAAUUUAAUGUCGAUAUGCAUAUGUGUAUACAGUAGGUACUUUUGUGUAUAUAAUUAUGUAUGUCUAUAAUGCUGUAUCCAUACAUGCAUGCAUCUUCACAUACAUGGGUAUCUAAACCAGAUCCUAACAUGUCAAAACUGUUACCAGAAAGAUUCAACUGUAUUUUUAUCACAUACAUUUUCUUAUUUAUCAAAAGAAGAAAAAUAGUCAGUGAUUAUACAGUACAACAUAGCAUGUGGUGACAUCAGAAAUCUAUCAUGUUCUUAAACCCUCAGUGGGAGGGCUUUAUGCAUUUUUAGUAAUGUGUUUAUUAACAAGAGCAUAUUUUACUUUAAGCAUCACUACCAAAUAUUUGACUUGGGGUGAAGAAUAGAGUAAUAUAAUGUUACUACUGUACUGUAUAGGUGUAACUUACAGUAGGUCAGAGCCAACCAGUACUACAGAAGUGUGCCACAGUUGGAGGGUUGUGUAGAAACAAUAACUCAGGUUAGUAAAUUAAGAUAGGCUUAUGAAAGUGAUCUCACUCAUUCACUCCAUUAAAUAAGAAAAUAAAUUAUAUAGUAAUUUUUCUGUCUGGACUUGGAUAGGAAUAGUCUGAUAUUGUCAAUACACUCGAAAUAAUAUCAUGUCUUCAUUACCAUAUACAUAUUAGAUGACUUAAAUUUGGAUUUAAUUGAAGUGGUGGUAAGAAAUGGAAAAUUGGAACCUCGUGCUCUUCCCCCAGAGGUUUCUAAUUUAUUCAAAAGUUGUGAAGUUGUAAUCAUUAUUGGCUUUAAAUAUACUGUAGUCUUUAAUUCUUAGAAAGCAAGAAGACAAAUCCUUUAUGAAUUACAUUCCUCAGCUUUUGUUAGGUGCGUCCAGUUUAUGGAUAUUGGCUUUAUGUAUUGUUAAAAAGAUCAGCUUUACAAUUUGGACUCUUGGAUGUUUAGAACUGAGUUUUUGUUAGUCAAAUUAAGGUUAACGAGAAUUAAGUGAUUUUUUUAUAUAGUGUAGUGUACAGUACUUUGUUUAUUUUUACUUAUACUGUAUGCUAUGUCAAAAAAAAAUUAGCAUAAAAAACUGGAUAAGUAUAUAGAAGAAGUGAAAUUAGUUUUUGGUCUAUGCAUUCCAUUACUGAAAACAAAAGUUUAUUAAUAUUUUUUUAUGUUUUUAUAAUGUUAGUUAUGUGGGGUAGUUACCUAUAGUCAAGGGGUGUUUAGUGGUAUCUAGGUAAUAUAAGCAAUAGCAAACUUGUAUUCUUUAAUAUAGUGAAUAUAAUGAUUUUAUCUCAUGAAUUUCUUUACUUUGCAAAUAGAUAGAGGUAUGAGUAUUAUUUGAACUCUAAGUGUAUGUGUUCCAUUUUGGGAAUACUGUACAUGAUGUAAGGUAGUUUUACUAAGGUUAGAUUAACCCAGUAUACUGUAUAUCUUAAUGAAAUUAUGGCUGGGCUUACCGGUACUAAGCAUGAAUAAUAAUACUAUUAAUAAUAAUAAUAAUAAUUCCCUUCAUAGAGCUGCCUUAAUGUUAGAGACUUUUACUAACUUUGCCAAAGAUAGAUCCACUAGGUAUAAGUGUCAGUUUGCCAACCUUAAUGCAGUCCUUCCAAAUUGCCUGGGGAUGAUGGUUGUGUCUAGGAGCCUUCCAUAGGUAACAAAAGUUUAUAUCCCUUUAUUAAGCAAAUUCUACACAUACGUACAUAAUGUAUUACUGUAUUAUUUCUCUCUUUUCAUAUAUUUCUGUAAUUCUUUUCUCUUCUGAACUUUCUUUUUUGUAUCUUGUGUGUGGGGUAGUCAGGUAUGUACUUAAUUACAGCAUGUGUUUUGCUUUUAAGUAAUGAUGCAUAAUUUUACAUUUUGAUUUCUAAAGGCCUUGAGGCAGAUUUGUUUAUUGUUUGUGUGUUUCUUGUGGCUGCUGUUUGUAGGGAUAAAGAGUAUACAGUUGUUCAGUGUGUGUUUUGCUUAAGUUUAUACUGAGUUGCUAUGUGUAGCUAUGUACAGUGCUGUGUAUUCAUGUGUGUGUGCAUGCUUUUUAUUUGUUUAAAUGUAACUAUUGGGAAUUACUUUUUGUGUGUAAGUGGUUAUGUUAUACAGUACAAUACAGGGUGUUGCUAUUUUUAUAGUCACCUUUGGCAGGAUCAGAUUAGUAAACAUUCCUAGACACAAAUAUCUGAUCCUCUUAUGUUUUCCUAUGCAUGUUUGCCCUCCAGAAGUCACAACCAAUCCCGAUACAAAAUUUCUUAUGCUUCAUGCAGUUAUCCUGCUUGAAAAUAUAGUAUUUAUGUUAAGAAUGUUAAUGCGUAAGCACAAGAUCAUUACAGUCAUCUCCUUUUCUGAGGCCUUUGUCCUUAUUGAGGAUCUCUAACGUCAUUCUUGGUUUUCCUCCUGGCUCGAUUGCAUUCUGACGUCCUUUAGGCUCUUGAUGCUAAAACAUGGAGUUCCACAUUUCAUAUGCCAGUAGCUGUAUCAUUCAUUAAAAUAUUGAAUAUUGUAUUACAAAUUGAUCCCAUAUAAUUUUUACUUUAAUUACAGCUGAAAGUGCAAGUUAUUAGUCUUUUCCAACCUAGAAUUAAUGUUUUGGGAUAUAGUUAUUGAGUAAACCCUGUUGAAGGUAAAAGAUUAUCUUGCACAGGAACCUUCUUUUAUAAAUAAUGUUUAAAUGGUACUGGUAACAGUUAUCUUAAUUUACAAUUGGUUUUUAAUUUUCCUUUGAUCCCAUUAAUGAAAAUGGACAACAUGGCCAACUGCUAUCAACAACUUUAUUAGACAAAGUAUUUUGGUUCAAGAUUAGUUCAGCUCCAUUAGUAAGUUGUUUUUAUGAUCUCAUUCACUUAGUGACAACACUAAUAUGCACUGUAUAACUAAUACACUUGAUAGAUAUUUUAUUUCUUUGUAAUAUCUUUUAUUCAGGUGGGCUAAACUUAAAUAUUGUAGAAGAGAAUAUGUUUCUCAAAUGUAUUUUGUUAUUGGUUUUUUAAUUGUUUUCUCUGUAUUUGGAAAAACUGUCUUAUUUAGCACUGUACUGUACAUAGGGAGUUCCGUAUGAAGAUGAGGUGAAUUUAACACUGAUCAGAGGUCUGGUACAGUAAGUAGAAUUGUAUGGUUUUAUAAUAGUUUGGUUCUCUUUAUUAAUCAGGUAAAAUGUAAAAUACUUGGUCCAUUUCCUGUCAAAAGUGUGGAGGUUUGCAUUGCUGUUAUGCUCAAAAUAUCCUGAUACCAGUAGAAAAUGUUACAAUAUACAGUAUCUAUUGUAGGAGUUUGACCAAUGUAAAUGUAUUUCAGAAUAAAAUUUCAAAUUGAAGUGCAACAAAGACUCAAUUUCUGUUGCAGCACUCCAAAAGUAACCUGCCUUGAUUUUGCUCAUAGUAAUGAGAACUUCAAGCUUUCAUUUUAUUAUAAUUAAUGUGAAUUAGUAAUGUCUGUGGCAGUUGAGUGGGUACAGUUGGUUGCCUCCUGUUCAGGGGUCGGUGGUUCAUCCAGCUGUAAAUAGGUAACUAGUUUAUAACUUGGGGAAGUGAAUGCUGUCAAGUGCAGUACCGGCCAUGCUGCCUCUUUGUGUAACAAAGGCUUAGUUUACAUUGUGUUGUAUCCACACUGUCCCUAACGGGCAGUCAGGUAUAUGGGACCCACUUUCACUUUUCAGUAAUGUCUGCUAAAGAGUAAUUUAAAAUGUAAAUGUACACAUUAACAUCAUCCAUCAACAAGCAAAAGUGCUUGGGCUAUAAGUAGACACAACAGUGUUGCAGAAGUGAUUUACGUCAUACCUAUAUUCUUAAUAGAAAUUUUAAAUUGGAUUUGUGGAAUUCUUUCAGAACUUAUAUUUAAAGUAUUCCACAUUAUGAAUCACAGAUUGACUUAGAGUUAUUAUUUUGUAUCUAAAAUUAUUUUUCAGGGAUAAUUAAAAUCAUGUACACAUCUUGCUAAUUUUUUCUGGCACAGACUUAUGGUUCUUCAGCAGGUUUUUUAAUGGGUGCCAAAGUAUCAAAUUGUAAAUUAAAGUAAAUUGUAAUACAAACUAUCACAACUGAGACUAUGCUAUUCAUUAGGAAUUUUAUUUAUACCAAUUUUCUAUAUGUAAUGUUUAGGAUAAGUGUGUACUUUACAAUGUGCUUAAUUGCAACUUUUUCUCAUUUAUCAUAAUAAAGAAAUGUUAAAGCGCAUUGUGUUCUACUUUUUAUUUUAUUUUUUUUUUUUUAAGAUGAUAACAUUUAUAUAGUUGUAAACAAGAAACACCAAGACAGCAUUAAUCCCAUAACACAUUUUGAAAAAAUACUGGACUGUACAGUACAGUAGUAACUUUCAUUAUUUUCUGCUUUUAUGUUGUUUCUGUAUCUGAAAAUUUUGAAACAGUAUUUUGUUUCUAUUUAUGAAUCAAUUAUAUUAUUUAUAUUUUGUGCAAUAAUAUAAAGGUUCUGUCAUCUGUCAAACCAUUGAAAUUUCCCAGUAUUAAGAUAUGAAUUUCAUUUGAGGAUUCGCCCCCAGGCCCUGUUGUGGGUUGAUGACCUGUGCCCGGGUGGGCUAUUACCCGUAAAAAAAGAAAAAAGAAAGUUUGAUUGAUUAUUAAUGAAAAUGCUGUUAUGAUUAUCAUAAGCAUCUAUAGGUGUUGUAGUAUAAUGAAAAAAUCUACUAUUUUGUGUAAAUGGUAUAAAUGCCUAGUAAAACCACCAUCAGACACAAGUAUGAACCAUCGUUGCAAAUGGCCUUUCCAAGCAAAGUACUGUAGACUUUUUUUUUUAAGUGUGUUGGUUUUGUAAUUAUGUACUAAAUUGUACUUAAAAGUUCCUUCAUAAUUUGAGGAUUAUAUCAGCCAUUAUUUGACAGUUUUUUUUUUUUGUGAAAGUUGGUCUUAUCUUCAUUUUCAUGUUCUGGCACUGUUCAGUAAUCAUAGCUUGCUUGCAGUCAGUUUGGAAUGAGGAUGACCAAACUACUCUUCCCAAAAUGUUGGUUCCUUGUCACCAUAGAAGUGUUAUGUUAUUUGAUGUGAUAUUUAAGCAGCUUUUUUGUUAUUUUGCAAUGGUACCAGGAAAUGCCUUCAUGUAUAAUUGGCAAUAAAACUUUGAAUAACUUU